GUGUGUGUGUAGUAAUGCGCAAGCGCGCCCAAGCCCGGGAGCCCGCAGUUCCAGAGCCGUGUGCGCCAAUGCCACAAUCUGAUUCUGAGCAUCAACAGAGGAGAGUUACCAUGAGCUUCAUCAUCCUACAGAAAUCUACCCACCCAGACUUUUUCACUUUCACGAUCAACUUCAAUCCAGCCUGACCAAUACUCUCCGAACACAGGAUGCCAGGGGUAAAAAGAGGGCUGGUGGCACCGCAAAAUACUUUUUUGGAAAAUAUUGUCAGGCGUUCAAAUGAAACCAGUUUCCUGCUUGGAAAUGCCCAAAUUGUGGACUGGCCUAUAGUUUAUAGUAAUGACGGAUUCUGUAAACUUUCUGGAUAUCACCGGGCUGACGUAAUGCAGAAAAGCAGCACCUGCAGUUUUAUGUAUGGUGAGUUGUCUGACAAGAAGACUAUCGAGAAAGUCAGACAGACCUUUGAUAACUAUGAGUCCAAUUGCUUUGAAGUCCUUCUUUACAAGAAGAGCAGGACACCGGUCUGGUUUUAUAUGCAUAUUGCCCCAAUAAGAAACGAAAAUGACAAGGUGGUUUUAUUUCUGUGCACUUUCAAAGACAUCACUGUAUUCAAACAGCCUAUUGAAGAUGAGUCAACAAAAGGGUGGACAAAGUUUGCUCGUUUGACACGAGCUCUGACAAACAGCCGGAGCGUUAUCCAGCAGCUGACACCAAUGAACAAGGCGGAUGUGAGCCACAAGCACUCGAGGCUGGCAGAGGUUCUUCAGCUGGGAUCAGACAUCCUUCCACAGUACAAGCAAGAAGCCCCAAAGACUCCUCCGCAUAUUAUUUUACACUACUGUGCGUUCAAGACCACGUGGGACUGGGUCAUACUGAUCCUGACUUUCUACACCGCAAUCAUGGUCCCUUACAACGUGUCCUUCAAGACGAAACAGAACAAUAUCGCUUGGCUCGUGCUGGACAGCGUAGUGGAUGUUAUAUUCCUGGUGGACAUUGUGCUUAAUUUUCACACCACUUUUGUUGGUCCCGGAGGAGAAGUUAUAUCAGACCCCAAGUUGAUCAGAAUGAACUAUUUGAAAACCUGGUUUGUCAUAGACUUGUUGUCGUGCCUGCCAUAUGACAUCAUCAAUGCCUUCGAGAAUGUGGAUGAGGGUAUAAGCAGCCUCUUCAGUUCCUUAAAGGUGGUCCGGCUAUUAAGACUGGGCCGAGUUGCCAGGAAGCUUGACCAUUACCUGGAAUAUGGAGCUGCAGUGCUUGUUCUCCUCGUCUGCGUGUUUGGGCUGGUGGCUCACUGGCUGGCAUGCAUAUGGUACAGCAUCGGGGACUAUGAGGUCAUAGAUGAAGUGACCAACACCAUCAAGACUGACAGUUGGCUGUGCCAGUUGGCCGAGAGCAUUGGGUCCCCGUAUCGGUACAAUGCGAGUGGCUCAGGGCAGUGGGAAGGAGGACCAAGCAAAGACUCCUUGUACAUAUCCUCCCUUUACUUUACAAUGACAAGCCUUACCACAAUUGGAUUUGGAAAUAUUGCACCAACCACUGAUGGGGAAAAGAUAUUCUCUGUGGCCAUGAUGAUGGUGGGCUCUCUCCUGUAUGCAACCAUUUUCGGAAAUGUCACCACCAUCUUCCAGCAAAUGUAUGCCAACACCAACCGCUACCACGAGAUGCUGAACAAUGUGCGGGACUUCCUCAAGCUCUACCAGGUCCCCAAGGGCCUCAGUGAGCGCGUCAUGGAUUACAUUGUGUCCACAUGGUCCAUGUCAAAAGGCAUUGACACGGAAAAGGUUCUCUCCAUCUGCCCCAAGGACAUGAGGGCCGAUAUCUGUGUGCACUUGAACCGGGAAGUCUUCAACGAGCACCCUGCCUUCCGGCUGGCCAGCGACGGCUGCCUCCGCUCCCUGGCCGUCGAGUUCCAGACCACCCACUGCGCCCCGGGCGACCUCAUCUAUCACUCCGGAGAGAGCCUGGAUUCGCUGUGCUUUGUGGUCUCGGGGUCACUGGAGGUCAUUCAAGACGACGAGGUUAUAGCUAUUCUCGGUAAGGGGGACGUAUUUGGGGAUGUAUUUUGGAAAGAAACAACUAUAGCUCACGCCUGUGCCAACGUGAGGGCGCUGACUUACUGUGACCUGCACAUUAUCAAGCGGGAUGCCUUGCUCAAAGUGCUGGAGUUCUACACUGCCUUUGCCAACUCUUUCUCACGCAACCUCAUUCUCACCUGCAGCUUGCGGAAGAGGAUAAUUUUCAGGAAAAUAAGUGAUGUAAAAAAGGAGGAAGAAGAACGUCAGAGGCAAAAGAACGAGGUGACCCUCAGUAUUCCAGUGGACCAUCCGGUCAGGAAGCUUUUCCAGAAGUUCAAGCAGCAGAAGGAGAUGCGGAACCAGGGCUCCUCGCACCACGACCCCGAGAAGAACCAGUUUCACAUGGAGAAUCACCCCUUGCAGAACGGGGCCUCCACCACUGGGACCAGUGUAGUGACCGUAUCCCAGAUCACCCCCCUUCAGAACUCCCUGGUCUACGUGAAGACCAGUGAACCGAACAAGCAGAACAACCGGGAUAUAAUGGAGCUGAAGCCAAACUGCGUUAGUGACCAAAAGUGUCUCAAGGUCAACAGUCCCAUGAGGAUGAAACCUGUCAAUAACAGGGGCUGGAUCCGGCUGAAAAACCAAGGGUCUCGAGAGGAAAAAAAGGAAGAGUGGAACAAUGUAACGAAAGCGGAAUCCAUGGAGUUGCUUUCGGAAGACUCAAGAAGCCAAGAGUCGGACGUUGGGGUGAAAAAGAACCCCCUGAGGAAAACAGACUCGUGUGACAGUGGGAUCACCAAGAGUGACCUCCGGAUAGAUAAAGCUGGGGAGGCACGCAGUCCCUUUGAACACAGCCCCCUUCAAGUAGAAGUGAAGCACCCUUUCUACCCCAUCCCCGAGCAGGCCUUGCAGACCACUUUACAGGAAGUCAAACUAGAACUAAAAGAAGACAUUCAGUUGCUUAGCAACAGGAUGGCUACGCUAGAGACACAAGUAGCCGAAAUCUUAAAACUGCUGUCUGAAAAGUCAGGGGUGCCGCAAACUUCAACCCCGAAAGCCAAAAUAAAAUGCCAGGACAUUUUCACCGUCUCGAGGCCCGUAACUCCUGACUCUGAAAAGGACGACGUACAGUUUUGAAUUUUCAGUUUAUUUAACUUUCGUCUUGUAUUGAGAGAACAGUUUAAAAAAAACUAAAUGUCCUGUAAAUAUGUUUUGCAUGUCCAGCUGGAUUCUGGCCUGCCCAAAAAAUCAUAUUCAAGAAUGCUUGUAAAUUAUGCAGUUGACUGCAUGCAGAUAAGAAGGAGAAUUUAUAGUUUAACACUAUAUAUUUAGAGACUAGAUGUAACAUGUUUAUUAAAGUCUAUGUGUAUUGAAUAAUUUAGGGUGUGACCUGAGGUAUCUUUAUGAGCCAAGGGUCCCGAAGACCUCAGGCUGAAUGAAAAUCCUUUUCGAUCCUCAGAGCAGUGAAGAAAUGAAACUGCCCUGAAGGGUUAGGUAAAGAACGCCACAGGUAUGUUGGAAUCAUUGUUCUUGUCUUGAGCGCUAUGCACACAGCUCAGCAUUUUGAAAGGAUUAGUAAUGCAUGUCACAUGUUGUGUCAUUUUAAUAUUGCAUUGAUAAUAUUUUGUAUUGGUAUUUUGCACUAAAGACUAAUAUGAUGUACUACCCCAUGAACUCCCUUUUUUCUCCAGGAUUCUCUUACAGCUAAAUUAUUUUUUGUCUCCUUGCAAUACUCCCAAAGGGUUUCAUAUAUGGAUUUUUAGGCUUCAUUUGGUCCUCUGAGCAUUAGGAAAUCAAGAUAGAUAACAAUGAGGCUACACUGUUUUAUCAGUGGUUCUUGGUUCAAACAGGAUUACAUUAAGCCUGCUCUGCUCUUUUAAGCCAACUUUUUUGAACAACAGCUUGCAACAGCAACCUCAAUGGGAAUAUUUAGGCAGCCCAGAUGUAUCCCACAAUAUUGGCUUCGGUCUAACUUUUUUACUAUACUAUUUUAGCUAUACUAUUUUAGCUGGUUUAGUUUUUGUGUGUUUUUUUUUGUUUUUGUUUUUUUUUACCAAUCCAACCAAAGUAAUUAUGAUUAAUACACACAUAGAAUAUUUGUACACAUCAAGCAUAAUGGCAUUGUGUGCAUUGUAGGCAGGCAAAUGUUUUAGAAAAGGUGGCUGUUUUCAGCUCAGUGUCUGUCACGCUGAAACCACUGGUUGCUUGUUGGGGUCAUGUAGCAGGGAAGCAGAAGAGGAAGAAUGAUCUUUUAUGAGUUAUUUUGUUCUACAAGGUGAAGCACAAAGUAUAUAUUUGUAUUAUAAAAGCGAAAGGCAAUGUAAUGUGCUUUUCAUUUGUCGGAAAAACCUAAUCGAGCAUUUGAUACCUUCAGCAGAUCUGUGUAAAGUGUAGAACAUAACCUGCAGUUUAUUUUGAAAGUAUGUUUUGGAAUGUCAAUGCAGUACUUUAAUUGAAUGAUGCACAAAGAGUACAUGACUAGUAGACAUUAAAUGUUAUAUUUGCACUAAAGGAAAAAUAACUAAAGUUACUUUGAAGAAUAAAACUAGAAUACGAUGCAGUGGAAUUUUCUAAUCCUGGGUGACCAUUGGGGUUAUUACUUGAAAGAAUGGUUAUAUAUAUUUCGGCCAUCUCGGAAGGAUAUACUUUCUUCAAGAGCUUUGCAUUGCCUUUGGCCUUUUUGUGAGCCGUGUUUUUGCAAGAUAAACUACCAGUUUCUUGCACCUUAACUCAGUUGAGCGGGGGUGACUACUAAAAAAAGGUGUCAUUUAUUGCAUGCUUUGAAAUGUUUGGUAUUUAUGGACUGUAAACAAACAACACUGCUGAUGCAUAUCACUGUUUUCAUGUACAAGCUAUAAAGAGACGUUCAAUUGCAACAUUUUCAACCAACGUCACUUUAAUCCAACAAGCACUGAAUUUGUGUAGCACUUUUCACUGUACAGAAGAUGGACUUUUUAUUCAAGAAAAUAAAUGCGUUUUGAGAGCUGUAAACGAUUGUCACAUGUACUCUUUGGAACUGCACUAGAUCUGUUUUUGGUGCUUAAACACAUUUUCAUGACCUUUUGCACCAUAUUUUAUAGUUGGAUGUCUUGAUUCUAUGAAAAGAUAGACAUUACCUACAGAUCGUCACAGGCUUCUCAAAGACAUGCCUUUUGUCUAAGGGAGAACUGAGGGCUUACAAUGUAGAGCACAAAUGUGUGUUAAAAAAAGGUUUUAAUAAAUAGAGGGAUAUAUUGCGAUGUCAAUAACUAUACAAACCAUGUCAUCUAUCCAGAAAAAAACAAGGACAGGACUAGGCCAGGUUGUAAAGGUAUUUUCUUAUACUUAUUGUACCAGUCAACGAAUCUGCAUUCUACUCUCACUAUUUAUUGUUACUGUUUUUCCCUCUGCAUACCAAAGGGGCUUGGAUCAUUGCACACUCAAACGUAAAAAUAACCUGACACCUAUUCUUAAUAAAUGAUUCUGACUGCUUCGUCCCCUCCAAACAUGCUUAACAUUGCAAUCAGCACUAUUCUUUCAUUCUAACUC